GUAGGAUGAAUGGGAUGGGAUUAAGUGAAAAGAGCGGACAGUAUGUGAAGACAACGGAACCUUGAGGCUGUAAGAAUCUUAUUUCCUCAGUAAAUAAUUAUGGAAAACGUAUCGAAUUUAAGUUCUGAAGAUGCAGCUGGUGGAAUGGUCAUCUCCCAGGCGUUCGGGGCUGAGGUUCUGACAAACCCAUUUCAUGAGACUUAUCUCCUGGGAAUCAUCAUCUCCAUCUGUGGGAAUGUCCUCAUCAGCAUUUCUCUCAACAUACAGAAAUAUGCCCACGUCCGUCAGGCCCAGCGUAGAUCCAAGCCCUACUACACGUCUGUGCUGUGGUGGUGUGGCGUCGUCCUCAUGGGCGUCGGGGAACUGGGGAACUUCGCUGCCUACGGCUUUGCCCCAGCCUCGCUCAUCGCCCCGCUGGGUUGUGUGUCAGUCAUAGCCAGUGCCAUCAUAUCUGUGGUUUUCCUCAAAGAGACGGUGCGAGCAUCUGACAUUGUUGGUGGAACUCUGGCAAUAACGGGAACGUACCUCCUGGUGACCUUUGCCCCCCACACUUCCACACACAUCACAGCCCAUCUGAUCCAGUACUACUACGUCAGCUGGUACUUCCUCCUUUACCUGCUUAUAGAGAUCAUCCUCUUCUGCAUCCUGCUCUAUCUGUACAAGAGGAGGAACGUGAAGCACAUCGUCAUUGUCAUGCUGCUGGUGGCUCUGCUAGCGUCUCUGACAGUCAUCUCGGUCAAAGCGGUGUCAGGGAUGAUCACAGAGACCAUAAAGGGCCAGCUGCAGUUCAUCUACCCCAUCUUUUAUGUCAUGCUCGUGGUCAUGAUCGUCUCCUGCGCCUUCCAGAUCAAAUUUCUGAAUGAGGCGAUGAAAAUGUUUGAUGCGACAGAAGUGGUGCCCAUCAACUUUGUGUUUUUCACAGCAAGUGCCAUCAUUGCUGGGAUAAUAUUUUACCAGGAAUUUGAAGACUUGGCUUUACUGAACAUUUUCAUGUUCCUCUUUGGUUGUCUUCUCUCUUUCCUGGGAGUCUUCCUGAUUGCACGGAACAGGCCAAAGAUAAAGCAACAGGACCGCAAUUUCAUCCCAAUGGAUAAGAUCCCCGGGAGGAGGCACACAGACAAAGUGCAGCCCGAGGCAACGACUAUGACAUACGGAUCACUGGCAGCCAAACUUAUGUGCAACAGAGCUGGCCAAGCAGACGAUUCAUAGGACCGGCUCCAUCUGUUGGACUGUAUUUUUGUGGGAUUUGAGGGUUUGAUUUGUGCCUCAUCCUGGGUACUUCAAUAAUAUUUCUAUUUAUAGCCCAGAACGGCGGGCAUCGACUUAAACCAGUGCCAGAGACCAUAUUGGUGUUGGAUUUUAAUGUCAGAAGUGUAAAUCACCUCACGGAAUAGCUCUACUUAACCAAGAAAUAUUCCCUGUGUGGUGUAUCAGUAAUGAGAAAAUGAAUUCAAAAAAGAAAUGCCUUUUGGCUCAGUGCAAAAUCAGAUCCAUUACUUGCUCCAACUUUUAGUUCUAUGGAGGUCCAGGAGGCCUUUGUGAUAAAUUCCCUACAUAACACUUUAAUCAACUGAAUACAUCAAUGUAUCUGCAAUGAGUUGUCAAUAAACCAGGAGACCAUUUCAGACUAUGAGGAGUUUGUCAUAAAGUAGUGCUCUACUGCCCCCUAAUGGUAGUGGAAGCUCAAAGGUGAACACAUGACGUUGAUAUAUGAGCCAUGUUUUUCUGCGGUGACUUGAUCCGACCCGAGUUAAAGUAAGAAUUAAACAUGAUUCAGUAGUAUUUAAACUUGUUGCUUGCGUUCAUUCAGGAUUCUAAUUUGUGUUUGUAAUUUAGUGGCAGGCACUGAUGUUCUUUAAAAAGCCAUUUCACAGGUAAUAAACUCCUAAAAGCCUUUAAUGCACAAUCUGACCAACUUUCUUUACCUUAGAUAAACCUCACACUGAACUGCUUCCAAACUUUAGUGUUGCCAGGCAACGCUCUCGCCUGCCACCUACACAUUAUGGGAUAUGUGGGAAAGCAGUGUUCAUACAGUGUCACUAUAAAAAGAACGAAUGUUUAAGUAUCGGUUGUUCCACUGUUGUGCGUUGCAUUAAUAACAGAGCUGAAGGUUAAAGCUUUUAACCACAGAUGACGUCUGUCAAAUACAGUUUGAGUCAUUUAUUACUGUCUCUUUAAUGCAGGGGCUCUUAAAAGAAAUUGGCACGUCCAUCAACCUAAUUAAUUUAAACUCACAAUAAUAAAUUGCCACAAACAGGCUCCAAGUCUUCAGUCUGGAUAUAGACGGCUGCAUAAAUCACAAAUUAAGACAUUGUUGAAGCCCAGCUGAUUAAAGGUUGAACAAAUCUAUCAAAAGUAAAACUUAAGGCUUUCAUUUUGUUUCGGCUGUUUUCAGUGUUCCCCUUGUGGAGCAUCUAUAUGACAAAGGCAUUGAUAUGGGGA